GCAAGCGGUACGCCCCAAGGAAAUCUUUACAAUGAGUCAACAAAGAACAGUUUGUUUUACGCAGCCGGGUGAGUAAAGAGAACACGCAACAUCAAGUGAGCCCACCCCACUGAGGGGUGCCUUUAUAAGGAGGGUGCGGCUGACAAUCCACGACCAACAGGAGACUCUUGGACACUUGCGCUCUGGAGGACUGUUCGCCACUCCGCACUGAGAUGAGAGGGUUCACAAUGAACAAUGUCUGCCAGUGUGGCUUUUUGACUUGUCUUCUUUUCUUUUCUUUCGUGUCUUUCACCGCUGCAGUCAGCUUCGACCUGACUGAACUUAGGAAUAAAGUUGCAAAAAUUAAAGUCAAUCCAAGAGGAAAUCUCUGGGCUACAGGACAUUUCAUGGGCAAGAAGAGCGUGAUGGAUUCCCCGCUGCUGCCCUCGGGGGAAGGACAGGGCGUUGAUGGGCUGGUAGCCCUGCCUGAGGAGCAGGGCGCGUUCGGGGAGCUUUUCCAAGAGUUCCUUCGGGAGGCUCUACGGGCGCAGGUGGACACUCAAGAGAGCCGCUCGAAAAAUCGGGAGGCGGACUUCUUGAUGAAGAUUUUAGAAAGCUACAUCCAAAGCAGAAAGUGAUACAGAGGAUGGAAGUUAGGCGCGCAUGAACACGGAUCUGAGGUCAGCUGGCCUCCUGGGAUAAAAUAAAAGAAUACGACACAA